AUGAACUCCGUAGGCGACCCCGGUCCCGGGGUGCGUGGGCUGUGCUUCGUCAACGUGACCUUCACCGCCGCGAUUGCGUUGGACCUGUCGAGCUUCGAUGCGCCGCAGCAAACCCUGAACAUCACGCUGCUGCAGUGUGUCUUCAUGGGCCUGUCGAUCCGGGCGAGCGGUGAGCGCGUGCACGUGAACGUGACGUCCGCGCUGUUGGAUUCGGGGCAUCUGCAGUUCGAGGGUGACCUCGGUGCCGGCUCCCAGGUGCUGCUGGCGGGCAGCGCGAUCUUGGCGACGGCGGACCACGCCAUUUAUUUCCAGGGGUUUUAUCUUGGGGUGAACUCGACGCUGCUGCUGCUCGACAACCAGAUCGAGGCGAGUACUUACGUCCUCUACUCCCCAAUGGGGCUUGCUCUUGACGGGAGCGGGCUCAUUGUGAAGGGAAACACGCUGAGGGCAAGAGACAAGGGCGCAAGUGCAGCUUCCGCCGUGUAUGCGGAUUCUUUUGAUGUGAAGAACGGCGGCCACUUCGACGUGGAGAACAACACGAUAAGCGCGGCUCGGGGCAUAUAUGUAUACUCGGGGCUUACCGUGAGCUCUGCGGGGCUGCUGAGGGUCGCGGACUGCGCCUUCGUUGGCAACGCCGGCGAUUCUGAUUCGUCGCUAUUUUAUUUGUUCGAUGACAUUGUCCUCCAGGGUGGUGGGCAGCUGCGUGUGGAGGACAACAACGUGAGGGCAGCCGCGGUAUUACGUUUGCCAGGCUCCGGGCCUGGCUUUAGGCUGUCGGGCAGCGGCACCACUGUGGCGUUCGCACGCAACCGCCAGGCGGACGCAAGUAAGCCGUUUGCGGAGGCUGCUUCAUUGGGCGUGGACGUGAGUUCACCCGCGCAGUUUGUGGUGGGGUGCAACCUGCAGGGCGAUGAGGAGGCGUCGUACGACGGCGUGUUUCCGGAGGAGGUGGUGCGGUUCAGCUGCGGCACGUGCAACGGCGAGGCGGCGUGCUACAUGCCCGGGACGGAGUCGGUGGACAGCAGCUCGUGCUCGUGUGGCUGCAAGGCCGGGUGGCAUGGCGCGUCGUGCCUUCCAUUCGAGGUGCCCGACGUCGCUGCGCCGCCCUUGCCGGAGAGAGCCGUCGACGGCAACACGAGCUGCGUGGAGGGCCAGACGCUGACGAGCCUCACGCUGGACAUGUGGAAGACGCACCACUGCUACGUGGGUGUGACGUUCAGUGGCGCGGGCGCUGCGCUGACGUUUUUACUCCCCCAGAUGCCGCUGCAUCUCCCCAUCAACAUCACGUUCUCUGGGUGCACGUUCCUGGGCGGGGCCGCGCUGCAGUUCGUUGGGGGCGGUGAGGCGGCCGAGUCCGCUGGCGUCCUGAUCCGCGUGAGCCAGACGGUGAUGAAGUCCUCCGUCGUGGCUUUCUCGCGUGCCCUCCCGCAGCGCUGCGACAUCGCAGUCACGGAGGUUGACGCGGUGCAGACCUCCUCGGUCUCUUUGCCGGGCGUUGGGGGCAGCUCGUACAGCGUGGUGCUGCUGGAGAGUGUCGUGUUGAAGGCCUCUUCGCUGUUGGUCAGCAACGUAACGGCGCGUGCGUCCGGGUAUUUCGAGCAGGCUUGGUGUGCGGUCGUCCGGGUACCUGAAGCUGGUGGGCGGCAGCUCCCUGUACGUGCGGUACUGCAGCUUCGAGGAAUACACGCACCUCCUCUACGUGUAUAG